CUCUACGUCUACAAAACCGACGGCUUCUGGAGCCAGAUCAAAUCGGCCGGCUCUGCCAUCUACGCCAGCCGCCUCUACCUCAGCCAGUACAGCCAGUGCCACCCGGAGAGACUGGCCCCGAACAGUCCCGAGGGGCCCACCAUCCGAGGGAACGUGUAUCUCCCGACAGCGUCCAUCGACCGCAGCGCUGUGCUGGGUCCCAACGUCUCCAUCGGGAAGGGGGUGAUGGUGGGAGCCGGCGUGCGUGUGCGCGAGUCCAUCAUCCUGCACGGGGCGUCGCUGCAGGAUCACACCUGUGUGCUGAACAGCAUUGUGGGCUGGGACAGCACCAUCGGACGCUGGGCCCGGGUUGAAGGGACGCCCAGUGACCCAAACCCCAACGACCCCUACGCCAAAAUCGACAGCGAGACCCUCUUCAGGGACGGCAGGCUCACGCCCUCCAUCACCAUCCUGGGCUGUAACGUCACCAUCCCUGCGGAGGUUGUGAUCCUCAACUCCAUCGUCCUGCCCCACAAGGAGCUGAGCCGCAGCUUCAAGAACCAGAUCAUCCUGUGAGGGGCCAGCGGAGCGGUGGGACGGGCCCGGCCGGGAGCUGGGGACCUUCUGGGCCUGGCCCGGUUGCAGUGCAGUUCUAUAUUAUAGACUCAGAGAAAGAGACCUUCUAAAAACGUUACAACGUAGGACUGGCCCGCGGAACCUUACCUGAGAGUGACUGAAUGGAAACUCGGGGGGAAACUGGACAAAGGGAGAGAGUCGGCUGGGGAAUCGGAGGGAACCCUGCGGCUGGGCUCUAAGCUCCCUGCCCCCCAGAAGACCCUGACUGAGGGGACCUAGUUGUACCUACAAGGCCUGGUUUGGAGUGCGUACCUCUCAUCUAAUAAACUUUCUGUUCUACUGCCCCA